AUAAUUUUUAAGAUGCCCAUUCUUUACAAACAGAAAGGUCGACUAUCAGCGAAAGAGCAAAGUGCCGCACGUCUUGAAAACUUCCGAAAAGAGGUUUCAACCGAUUGUCAUACUAUCCCUUUAGAGGAACUUUGUAACCGGUUCGACACCGACCCCGUUGCCGGCCUAACACCGGCAAAAGCCAAAGAAGUCCUCCUGCUAACCGGCCCCAAUUCAUUAACCCCUUCCAAAAAAAAAUCACAAAUUAUCAAAUAUAUCGAAACCCUUUUUCAUGGUUUUUCGGCUUUGCUAUGGAUUGGAGCUUUGCUGUGCUACAUCAGUGUUCUAAUCCAAUAUUUGCACAGCGAUAAAAGAAAAAUGGAUAUGGACAAUGUUGUGUUAGGGGCGGUACUUAUCGUGGUGGUAAUAGCCACUGGGAGUUUUACCUAUUACCAAGAACGUAAAAGUCAGACUAUUAUGGAUUCAUUCGCGCGAAUGGUACCAGCCAAAGCUACAGUUAUUAGAGACAGUACUCCUGUAACGAUUGAGUCACGUGACGUAGUUUUGGGUGAUUUGGUUGAUUUGAAGUUUGGGGAUCGAGUUCCGGCAGAUGUACGAAUAAUUCAAUGCCAAAGUCUUAAAGUUGAUAAUUCUCCCAUUACCGGCGAGUCUGAACCUCAAUCCCGCAGUACUACUUCGAGUGAAGAUAAUUUUUUGGAAUCACGAAAUGUUGCUUUUUUUUCUACAAAUGUGGUCGAAGGGACCGGUCGUGGGAUUGUUAUAGCGUGCGGUGACCAGACUGUUAUGGGCCGAAUUGCUGGCUUGACUGCCAGACUUCAACCUAACAAAACACCAAUGGCGAAAGAAUUUGAGCGAUUUAUGCGAAUUAUAAGCAUUUGGGCCAUUACUUUAGGAGUCGUCCUAGGAGUGACUUGUCUAAUAUUGGGACAUUCGGUCAUAAAAACCCUUUUAUUUUCCAUUGGAAUGAUUGUGGCGAAUGUGCCUGAAGGUCUUUUGGCCACUGUUAUCGUCUGUUUGACUGUCACCGCCAAAAGAAUGGCAUCGCAGAAUUGUUUGAUCAAAAAAUUAGAAUCGGUGGAGACCCUUGGUUGUACCUCUGUAAUUUGCUCGGACAAAACUGGUACUUUAACCCAGAACCGAAUGACAGUUUGCCACGUAUGGUACAACGGAAAAGUCAUGGAGAUUGACUUUAAUAAUUUGAGAAAAAUUCCAAAACCGCCUGAAUUAGGUUUCAGGAAUUUAAUUAGGUGUGCUACUUUAUGUAACCGCGCUGAAUUCGUAUCAAGUGAUGAUAAUAAACCUAUUUUGCAAAGACAAGUCCGAGGAGACGCUUCAGAAGGCGCCAUCUUGAAAUUUGUCGAAGUUUUAAAUAUCCUAGGCAAAAAUUUUAAAAAUUCAAAUCCGAAAUUGAUCGAAAUCCCAUUUAGUUCAACAACAAAAUAUCAGAUAAGUGUACACGCUUUGGAGAACAAGAAAUGUCUAGUAGCAAUGAAAGGCGCCCCUGAAGUAGUCCUCGAACGUUGCAGUUCAAUCUUCCACCGAAACGAAACAAAAGAAAUGACUCCUGAUUUGCUACAACAAUGUAACUCUGCGUGUUUGGAAUUCGCCGAAAUGGGGCAACGCGUUUUGGGAUUCUGUGAUUUGCAACUGGACGAUAGUUAUAAUCCCAAUUCUAAAUUUACAGUCGAUCCUGCGAACUUUCCUCAACGCGGUUUACGAUUCCUAGGAUUAAUCGCAAUGAUCGAUCCGCCAAGACCACAAGUGCCUGACGCUAUUAACAGGUGUAAAACGGCAGGGAUUAAAAUUGCAAUGGUCACAGGGGAUCAUCCCAUUACAGCAAAAGCCAUAGCGAUUAAAGUGGGGAUUAUAACCGAAGGUCUUAUUCAUCAAUUUACAACUGCUCAGGCGGUACGAAAUUUUAAGACUCGAUAUAGUGAUCCCGGAGCUGUGGUCGUACAUGGACUUGUCUUGAAGGAAUUGCUUCAAGAGGAACUCGAUGAUCUCUUGUUUGAUCAUCCCGAAAUUGUUUUUGCCAGAACUUCACCGACGCAAAAACUUCAAAUUGUUGAAGGCUACCAAAGACUGGGGGAAAUAGUUGCUGUAACUGGAGAUGGUGUUAAUGACGCUCCAGCAUUAAAAAAAGCAGAUACUGGUAUCGCCAUGGGUAUUGCUGGUACGGAAGUGUCCCAACAAGCUGCUGAUAUUAUCCUAAUGGAUGACAAUUUCGCUUCCAUUAUCAUAGGAAUAGAAGAAGGUCGCCGCAUUUUUGAUAAUCUCAAAAAAUCCAUAACUUACACUUUAGCCUCAAACGUGCCUGAAAUUCUACCAUUUUUGGCUUACGCAUUUCUUGGAAUUCCUCUUCCUCUAGGUGUCGUUGCUAUUCUUUGCAUAGAUCUUUUAACAGACAUGAUGCCUGCCAUAAGUCUGGCUUAUGAAAAAGCUGAAACUGAUAUCAUGUUACGACCGCCUCGGAACCCGCUGCGAGACCGGUUGGUUAACCGGAAAUUAUAUUUUUUAGCUUACGGUAACUUGGGAAUGUUGGAAGCAUUGGGUGCUUUUUUAGUUUAUUUUUUAAUAAUGGCGGAAUUUGGUUUUAUGCCUGCACGUUUACUUAAUAUACGAGACGACUGGGAAUCCUAUAGAAAAUUAAACGAUUCGUAUGGUCGCCCCUGGACUCACUCCCAACGAAAAGUUGUACAAAAUACUUGUAGCACGGGAGUUAUGAUGUCCGUGGUUGUGACACAGUGGACGAAUUUAGUAGCUUGUAAAACACGAGUUAACUCAAUUCUUGUACAAGGAAUGGGUAAUAUGGUACUAAACGUGAGUUUGCUGGUUGAAACUCUACUCACAGCUAUACUUUCCUAUACCCCCUAUAUGUACUAUCUCAGUUUCUACCCCUUAAGCUGGUGGUGGUGGAUCUAUGCACUCCCAUUCUCCAUUUUGUUACUACUCUACGAUGAAUACCGCAAGUGGCAUAUAAGAAAAUACCCGAAAGGGUGGUACCAAAGAGAAACAUUUUAUUAAAAUAAUUUUAUUACGCUUUAAAUACUAUUCUGAUUUUUUUUUCUUCCUCUUUGCGAAUGUCCAGCUGCGUGUCUUCGCAAUGAUGUUUUUCUAGUGAAUGUCUUGUAGCACACACCACAAGCGAAUUCUUUGAUCCCUUGAUGUGUUUUCUUAUGCUCAGUGAGAGAAUUUGUGUAUGCGAAAACCUUGAAACAAACAUCGCAAGUGUAGGAAGGGCGGUAGAGAUGCAUUUUUUCGUGUAGUUUUAAACUACUGGCGUAUAAUAAUUUUUUGGGACAGUAUUUGCACUGGAGUUUGGGGGUACCAGCGUGAGAGUUUAAAUGGCGUUUGAGAAGACUAGGGGAAGAGAAACCUCGGUUGCAUAUUUUACAUUUGAGGGGAAAGUCUCCGGUGUGUUUUUGCAAAUGGACGCUUAGGUUGUACCGAUUGAUGAAUUUUUUGUUGCAAUAGGAACAUGAGUAUUUUUUUAUGUCAGAAUGGACGCUCAUAUGACGGACUAAGUGGCUUUUGAAGGAGAAAAAUUUAUCACAUGUGGUACAUUGGUAGGUUUUGUCCCCGGAUCUUUUACUGUUUGGGGU